UGCUUGACGCUGGGUAUUUGUCAGUGACAGAAGCCGAGCGAUGCUCGUCGUGUGACCGCGGUCCUGCUGCGACUGUUUUGGACCUGAAUCCGGACCGGACCCCCCCAUGGAACCAGGUCUCAUGAUCACAACAAACAACAACAACAACGACAACAAGAAGUGGAACCAUGGUGACCAAGAAAAUCCGGACCGAGUACAUGAAGAAGUUCAAAGAUCCGAGGUGGGAGACGUUUUCCAAAUGUUACGAGGACUCCCUGAAGUACCGCCUGACCCGCCGGGUCAUGGAACACUCCCACAAUCCCUGGUUCUGGGAAGGCUGGGAGAGCCGCUCCGACUCCAGCGGCUGGUCCACGCCCAGGCUGACCCGGAACAGAGUGUCCCCUCUGUCCCUCCCGCCGCCGUCCUGCGAGGUGAAGCAGAGGUUGUGUGAGCUGGUGAGCGGUCCUGGAGCAGGACACGCCCCCGCCAUGGUGGAGCAGGACGCUGCACCAGAGACUGUGUCGAGUGAAGCGAGCGCAGCUUCAGCCACAGAGGACACGCCCUCUUCUGACACAGAGGACACGCCCUCUUCUGACACAGAGCCGGCCAAUCCCGCGCCCAAGCCACGCUACCGUCGCCGCCGUGUGCCAUGCGCUGAGCCGGGAGGUUCGGACGGUUUCCAUGACGACACACAACCGGCCGUCGCCCGGAAACCUCCCAGAGCCAAGAGUCAACCUGCGAUCGGCAGCAAAGAAAAGGAGAGCCGGAGACCGACAGGAAGACUGGACUGGACUGAGAGACAGAAGGACGUCAGGAGGACAAACAACCAGCAGAGCGUCGUGGUGGCCGACGCUGGCGUCGAGCCUCGUGUUGAGUCCGACAGGAGGCGGGGCCAUGGUGGGCGGGGCCCCGGUGAACGUCGUCGCGCGCGGUCAGCUGACCUGGAGAAGGUGCGCCGUUCACAGCUGACGGCGGCGGUGGACGAGCGCUGGACGACCGAGUACAUGCGCUGCUUCUCUGCUCGACUCAGGUAGAGAAGAGACUCCGCCCCCAAAACUUCAAAUAACCCUAAUAAUCAUCAUGUGACCUCUCAGACGACUACAUUACCCAGCAGCCUCAUAGUGUGCUUUUAAUGUUUAAUAAAGUGUGUGUGUGAGCGUGA